CUCAAAUUACGAAACUUUCAAAAUUUAAAAGUUAUUUUGCAAGAUUACAAAAGACCAAAUUCUAAUUUCUGUAUUUAAUUUUAGCUAGGUACCAUGUGAAUAGCAUAGCAGAGAGUAGGAGUAGAUGUAGCGCAACUAGGCCCCAAAAAAGUAUUAUAUUACAAUCCCACAUGACAAAAACAAUAAUAAAAAUCCUAAAACCGUGUUUGACACUCAUUAGAAGGGAUACAAUAUCCGUAAUUCCUAGACAGCCCUCUCCCUGAUAACAAGAAACCGAAGCUAUAACGAUAUGCUUCUACUACUAAUAGUACAACUUCCGCGAUCUCUAACGUUGGUAGUGUUUGUGCCUGCGUUGUUUAGAUAUAUUUUCGCGCGUUUAUUUUAAAACACAAAUUAAUAAAAGCCAGACUCAUUUUAGAAUUGGUAUUAUUUUGAAAUAUUAUCCCAACAUGGCAUGCGAAAAAUUGAACAAGAUGAGCGGAUAUUUGGAAAAACGAGGAAAGAUGAGCAUAAUGGGACGAUGGAAAAAAUGGUGGUGUGUUUUAGAAGGGCAGUUACUACUUUAUUACAAGUCCCGCAUAGAAUACACUAAUCUGUCACCUUGUUGCGGAUCAUUAAACAUGGCUUUAGUGAAAAAUGUUCAACCACACGUAGGUUUUCAAAUACACAUCACCACACAUACACAGCUUAUAAUUUUGAGAACUAAAAAUAAAGACAAGCAGCAGCAGUGGUUCCACGCUUUGGUAGGCGUCUUACCACAAAACAGCUACCUAUCUCCGAUUCUAUACUUCGCAACGAAUUCGAUAGAGUAUCGACGAAAAAGUCAGCGGAAGAAGAAAAAGUCAAAACAUAAAGAAUUCGUAGAAUCGAUCAAGGCAAUCGAACAUGAAGAGUCAUCAUCAUUCUCACAAUCAGAUAACAAUCUUUCAAAUUUAGCAAAUGAGUCGAAUUUCAGUUUAUCUGAAAAUCACACUUCGACCGAAAUAGAGAACAUCUCUACUAAUCAAGAAAAUCUACAAGUUAUGACAACAAGAAUUUCGACCUCAUUGGAAUGCAAUCUACAAAAAAACACGUGUGCCGAUAAUACGCUGAAAUGUAGAAGCGAAGUCAACAUCCGUAAAUAUUCUUCUUAUCGUAGCAUUAUCAAUGCUGUUUCUAUCAACGAGAGGAUAACGAAUCGUCGCAGUAUGUCUUGCGAAUGUAUUUUCGCCGAAUUUCGUACGAGUUCGGUAGAAGAAUAUAACUUUUUAAGCAGCUGUUCCAUACAGACCCACAGCGAUGAAGGAUCUCAAGAAAACAGCGUAAAUUCAGGCGAUUCGCAAGAACCUAUAAAAUACAAACCAAGUUGUCGUCGAAAACGUAAAAAUGACUCUAAUAAAUACAACACUUUGGGUAAAAAAUCGUUCAGCUUUUUGAAAAAAAUUUUCAAAAAGAGGAUGGAAAUUCAAAAUUUACAAUCAAUUGAACCAAUUGAAAAUGACUGCUCCACAGAAGUAAUCGAGGAAAAACAUGACACUAAAUCAAUGACAUCGGUAGCUGUAGAAGAAAAUAUUUUGGAAUCGAAUGAAUCAGAUAUAAAAGAAAUAAAUACCAUUCAAACGAUAGAAAAUGAUGAAACAGCGCAGAGUAAAAUAGAAGAAAUAACACCAUGCAAUAAUUUUGUCGAGCAAAAUACCACAAACGCGAGUUCAAAUAAUGAAAUUGAAGCAGAAUCGUCAGAUACAGACACAGAAAGCAGCGUAGAUGCCUCAGAAAAUAUACAAGAGGAAGAAAAGUUACCAGAUUUACCCAUUAAAAAUGGCCAUCGUACUUCUUACACGUAUCAUGAUUUCAAAGAUAGAAAUUCGAACUAUCCUAUAAUAAAAAUUACAACUCCAAAUGACGCCGAUACCAAAGAGUCGAUAAGUUUUGACAAUAGCGCGAGUAUGGAACUAGAUUCUUUGUUACUUCAGUUGAAUGUUUUGAAUACUCAAUGUGAUAAAUCGCACGAAUCUCUCGAAUUUCACAAUAAUAUCAUCGAAGAUCCAGAUUAUGAUAUUCCUAGACCACAUACAUCGCUGAUCAGUGAUUCUGGAAGUACACCGAGUAUCUACGAAAAACAAUUUUUAGAAGUUCCACGAAAGGAAAGCAUAUCCAACCAGAAAUUUGAUUCCUUGUCAAUCGACAUGGCUCCCGAUUCGUUAGAAAUGCCAUGGUUACUGAACGAUGUCAAAAGUAACAUGCAUUACUGGACGACGAAAAAAGAAUUCGAUUUAUGUUCAGAAAACGACUCAGGAUCUGAAUAUGAUUACCACGACUCUUUAAAUUCAAAUAAAUAUAAUUCUUGACGAUUGUU